AUGUCUCAAAUAUACGAUAACCUUUAUCUUGGAAAUAUAACUACCUCCAGGGAUUAAGCAUUUUUUAAAAAGAACAAUAUUAAAAAUGUUCUUGUAGCGGGAAAAAAUCUGAAAAGAUCUUUUAUAAAUUAAUGUAAAUAUCAUUAACUUUAAAUUAGUGAUAACCCUACCACAAUAAUUUUAAAAUAUUGGCCUGAAAGCGUGUAAUUUUUAAGCACAGUUGUAGGGAAUACUCUAGUGCAUUGCUAGGGAGGAAAAAGUAGGUCAGCUAGCACAGUUAUGGCCUAUGUUGUUUUUAAAGAAAACAUAACUGCUUAAGAAUCAAUAACAAAAGUUAGAAAGCUACAUAAAUUUGCUUAUCCUAAUCCAGGCUUCUUAAAGUAGCUCGAAUAUUGGGAGGAUAUAGUUAAGGAAUACAAAAAAAUAAAUUCUUCUAAAGCUUCUGAAGACUUCAAAUUGCUGGAUGAAUUGACCAGUGCAAAACUAAACGAAGUUACCUAGCUAAUUAUAAAUCCAUCUCAAUAAGAGUUAACAGAAGCAAAUUAGAAGCUCAACUUUUUUGAAGAUUUCGAAUAAGAUCAAAAAACUGAUAAGAUAUUUUAAAAAUCAAAUAACAAAAAACAAAAAAAAGAAAACCAAGCUUUAAAAGAUAAAAUAUAAACUUAAUUUGAAAACGAAUAUGAGCAAGAAGAUAACGAACAAGAAGAGUCUGAUGAUAUAUUCGAAGAUGAAUAAGAUUAAUAUUAACUCACUUCAAAUGAAGAUUAUUUAAAUUCAAUUAAAAAAAUAGAAAAUUUAAGUUUGUAAAGUAGAAAUUUAGAGGAUCAAAACGAACCAAAAGAAGAGUAGAAAAGCUAAUAUACUAAAAAUUAAAACGAAUGA